UGUAAGCGUUCUAUAGAAGUGAUGACUGAAAAAGAAUGCUUGGCGCAUCACAGCGUAAACUUGCGCUCAGUCAAGGCAUUAAAGAAGAAUUCCCAAGUACUGUUUAGCGGAUGCUGUGUGCCAAAACAACCUCCAAUGAGUGUUACCUUUCUACGGAAGCUAUAAAAAACGAAAGUAAUGUACACAUAACAAUUGAUAAGGGUCAGACGUAUGACCCUUCCUAUAACACGCCAUUGCGGAUGAAUUCAAAACUGUCGAAAACCUGUGAUAUUCCCGCUUAUUGAAGUGUACAAUAUCUCUGUAUGAUAAGACCAUGCUGCCUGGCGCCUAACCUUUUUAAAAAAAAUUGUUUUUGUUGUUAUUCAUCAAUUGGCAUCAGCGUGGAACCCACGUGCAAAAUAAAAAAAAAAUAGGAAUUAUAGAGCUAUACCAGGAAGCAGCAGUUUGGAUCAUCAAGGUUGUGGAUACAACUUUCAGAAGACAGGGUGCGUUACCGUUUUUUAACUUACGAAUCACUGAAGUUUUAGAUUAUAUGCAACUAAGUAGUCUUAAUCGCCACUGUCUUGUAUUAUACACAAUCGUCUAACAUUUUUGACUGUGGGAUGUAAAUUUAAAGGAAAUGGAAAUUGAACAGAAAAAAACAAUUUGGUGAUAAAUGGAUUUACUUUAAAAAAAUCUAGAAAAAAAGUGCUGUAUUUUUGAGACAGAUAUGAACAAUGGGACUUACUGCUAUCCUGGGGGUGGUGGACAUGCUCGUUCAAGAUUCACUGGGGAUCCAGAACAAUUUGAUAAAAUGGAAGAAGGAUCAGUAAACAAUGUAAAUACCCACCAAAUGACAGGACCAGGGUAUGGUGGGUCUGCUACAGGCUCUGGGUUCAGGUCACAAUUCCAAACACAAAUUCAAGGUUCAGAAUUUGGUGGAAAUUCACCUGAUGAUGAUGCCUGUGGCACAACUAGCAGACCCACAACUGGUUAUAUCAAUCCAGAUUAUCCUGUGAAUUCUCAGUAUCAAGGACAUGCUCAUCCUUAUGCCCAACAUGCUCGAUAUUUUCCAGGAUCUGCGCCAAACAAAAUACAGCAAUCAAUGCAUCCUAUUUAUUCAAUGACAUCGAACUCCAUAGGCUCUAUUACCCCAAAUCAACCAAGCAACUAUAGUCCUCAUAGAAUGCAUUCAGUGCCAGGCCAUGGGUUUCCUGUCCAGCAAACAGGGACCACACCAACACUGAAUAAUCUGCUACAGUCCUCCAGCACCAUCACUAAAGCCACACCAUCAUUGUCUAUUAGUUCAUCAAGUAGUCGUGAUGACAACCUAGCACCCAGCCUUCAGUCAAAGAGUGAAAUGAAUUCACCCCCUCAAACUCCAUAUUCAUUGCACCACCAACAGCAACAGCCUCCUGGUUGGGGCUCUCGGUUAGGUGGCCAUCCAUACACCUAUCCUCAACAAGCACCUGGCUCUACACUAUAUCGGAGUCAGUCUGGCGGCAAUAACGACAUGAGCCAAGGCCGCCGGCCAACUAUGGGGGGCUCCUACCCACCACAGGGCGGCCAAUACAUGAGCCAGCAAAUGGCUAUGGGUCCUGGCCCUCAGCGGUUUAUGAUGGGUGGACAGAUGCCUAACCAAAUGUAUGGCCACGGACCACCCCAACCACAAAUGUACAUGCCUCCUUCACAGCAACCUCCUGGACCACCGUUAUCACCCGCCGCUAGACCACCAACUCCACAACAGUCACAGAUACAACAGAUGCAGAACAUGGUACAAAACUCACCCAAACAACCAUCACCAUCUCCUUCUGACCAUGGUUCAGUUUAUUCUAUGAAACAAGAAGAAAACAGUCAAGAUAUGAAAUCUGAUCUUGGUUUAUCAGAAGACCUGAGUGGAGACAACUCCCGUGGCUCAACUGGUGGCCCUAGACCUGCACCAUCUCCAGUUGGUUCAUCUGGUUCAAGAUCUAAUACUCCUGCUUCCAUUCCAGGUGUCCAAGCUGGCAGUCCUAUGCCUGUACGUCCCCCUUCCGGACAGGUAGAUGGACAUAAUAGAAUGACUCAGUCCCCCAUGGCUACGCAAGGUAUGGACACAGGGUACAAUCAACAAAUGAUGCCACCUCCCAACACAAUGGGUUAUAUGCCCAGCUCUGGUAAGAUGGGAAGUGGCCCAAUGCCAGGACAUUUUCCUCAAUACAAUGCACAAUAUCCACAAGGAAACUAUGGUCGACAACAGCCUGGUAUGGGUGGUCCUCCUAUGUCUGGACCUAUGCAAAACUACCCUGUACCCCAGCCUAAUAUGUAUCCUAAUGGACCUGGUCAAAUGCCUGGUGCUCCAAUGUAUGGGAACAUGCCUGGUAUGAAUAGAAGUAUGGGACAGCAAGGUUAUGGCCCAGGUGCUUAUCCACAAAGUAACACAAAUAUGGGUCCUAUGAUGAACAGUCAAUACCCAGGCUACAGCAUGGGACCUAUGCCAGGACAGCAUGGAAUGCCACAACCAUCAGGUCCAGGUUCUAUGCCACCUGGGUCUACUUCUGGACCUAUGGCACCAAAUCUAUCAGGACAGGCAGGUAUGAUGCCUCAGCAGCAUACUAGCUCUUCAAACAAAGCAGCCCAAGCUGCUCAAGCAGCCAUGAUGGCUGCUGCUAACACAGUUGGUCCUAGGAUGUCUCAUAGCCGAGGCUCAAUGAGUCCCUCCAGAGGAAUGUUUGGCCAGUCUGGAGGGCCUUUGGCUCAGAUGAACAAUAUGACUAAUUCUCCAAAUUUAGGCAGUCCAAGUUUAAAUAGUAUGUCAAAUGCAGUUGAACAGCUGGCACGGAGUAGUUCUGGUGGGAUGAACUCAUCUAUAGUUGGAGGCCCAUCCAUAUCUUCCCCAGUGCCUAAAUCAGCUCACAGCCCAGCAGCUAUGACCAACAACUCAUCUAGUAUUGCUCAUGGUGGUGAUCAAAAUCAAACAUCACCUUUGUCCAAUGCUGACACUCACGAUUCAUCAUCACGACCCAACUCUACCACAGCACACCAUCCUGAUUUGCCAAAUAACGAGUCCACCACAGGAUCAGACAGUUCAGGGGGGGUGCCAAGUGAUUCCACCUCUGUUGAUAGUGGUUUCCAUUCCUCUGAUCAAGGUGAAAAAACCUCAGACUCUGUAAGUACACCAUCAGGAGCUUCACCUCUACCUUCUGGUUCUCACCACAACGGAGACAAUUCCCGGACAUUGGAAAACAUUAGCCCACCUGGGCAUAACACUAGUGAUCACCUACAUCAUCCACACAUGCAACACCCUCACCAUCUCAUGGGUAGUGAAUCUAAAAUGCCUUACAAUGACAGCGGGAUUCCAUUGCCUCCAUCAUCUAUGUCAUCUGCCAUGUCAUCAAUGCCUUCAUCCAGCAGCAGUGUAGUGACCACAGCUAAUACAGGUCCUAUGUUAACAUCAGUGACUCAGAGUAUAGCAUCACCAGUUACAAGUGUUUCCACAUCUAUCCCUUAUCAUCCUCAUGCGCACCCACACCACAUGGGGCCUCAUGGAGGCCAUCCUCACCUAAUGGGGCAUGGAAUGGGCCCCCAUGGAAUGAUGCCAAAUGGUAUGCCCCCAAAUAGUAUGAUGAAUGCUGGUCAUAUGGGAGGACCUAAUCAAAUGCCCCCUAAUAUGGGAGGACCUCAUAUGAUGCCACCCAAUAUGGGAGGCCCCAAUAUGAACAUGAAUCAAAAUGGUCCAAUGAUGGGCCCAAAUGGUCCGUUAAUGACACACAAUGGACCAUUGAUGCCUGGUCACCCUGGAAUUAAUGCUGGUGGUAACAACCCGAAUAUGCCAAUGGGACAAAUGCCUCAACACCAACCACAGAUGAAUUGCAUGCCCCCAAUGAACAACAACAACAUCAAUGCUGGCACUAAUACACCUUCUGAUGAUCCACCUGAAAAGAAGAAGAAGGUUAAGGAGUUGGAGGGCCAGCCUCGUGCCGGCUCAGCCGGGCCACACUACACAGAGGAACCCAACAGCCCUGGGGCCCUUAAAUCCUCAUCUGAUUUGUCCAAAUUAUUUGAGAUGGGCCCAGAACCAGAUCGACGACUAUUCUUAGAGAGAGUACUGAGCUACCUAGAAGAAAGUGGUCAGCCUGUAACAGCUUUACCUGUCAUCAGUAAAACACCACUUGAUCUCUAUAAGUUGUAUUUCUGUGUCAGAGAUAAAGGUGGAUUUGAAGAGGUUACAAGAGGAAAAAAGUGGAGGGACAUUUGCACUGUAGUCAAUAUUGGUACUUCAGCAAGUGCUGCUUUUACUCUCAAGAAGAAUUAUAUUCGAUACUUGUUUAAUUAUGAAUGCAAGUUUGAUAGAGGUGGCAUUAAUCCAGCUCCUAUAUUGGCUCAGAUGGAGGCUCAGUUGGCUCAUAAACGUGAGCAGAAAAGUAAAAGGGCUCCAUCACCAGCAGGUUCCAACUCAAAUGAUGCAUUCCGCCCUCCUAGUGUCCCAAAUAAUCAAAUGGAUUCCUACCCUCCAAAUAUGCCUCCUCCAUACAUGCAGAAUCCUGACGGCAGCAUGCCAAACCCUCAUAUGAGUGGUCCUAACAUGAUGAUGGGACCUAACAAUAUGAUGGGAGCAUCUGGGACUCAUUCUGGAAUGGGUAACAUGAUGGGAGGUCCUCCAAUGGGAUCUUCUGGAAUGAUGGGCGGACCCAUGCCUAAUAUGAUGCAGGGUCAGCCUGGAAUGAUGCCCACCAAUUCAAACAGCGGGAAUAUGAUGAGUGGUCCACCAAUGAUGCCAGGGGCACCUCCAGGGUAUGGAGGGCCAAUGCUACAGCAGCCACCAGGGGGACCUAUUCCUCCUACCAGCAGCUCUGCUCCACCUAUGCCACCACAUAGUAGUGUCUCUGGGCCAAUGCCAGUCACUUCAGACAGUGUUAGUGUUCAAGACCCGUUCUCUGAUGAAUCAAGCUAUCUCCAACAAAGAGGAAUGCCACCUCAACUCACUCCCCCACCUCAGGCAAUGUCCGUUGCCAGCUCCACUCCCAUGUCAUCAAGCUUUCCUGGCAAUGUGACAGUGUCCAACAAUACAAGUAGACCCAUUUCAUCUAGUGGAUAUGGAGUACCAGAGCAGCAGAUGAGUGGAUAUCCUCCCAAUGCUAACCAGCCCAGCAUGCCACCAACUUCUAGUGGUGGUCAGUUUCCUUUUGGACAAGCUGACAGAUUUGAUCAAUCCAGCCCCAACCUAGCAAUGAGACCACCAGGACCUACACCUGGAAUGGCCCCAAGUCAGCAGCCUCCCCAGCAGCCUGGAGAGAGCAGUUCUCCCAUGUAUCCAGGCACCCGUUUCCCAGGACCCACACAGCCUCUAGGCAUUAGACCUCCUCAGGCAGGAGAUGCACCUGGUCAGUAUCCACCUCCAGGCCCACCAUAUCAUGGACAAUCUGGCUAUCCGGGACCACAGUACCCCAAUUAUCCAACUGGCCCAUAUCCAGGCCCACGACCACCAGGACCUGGCACCAUGUAUGGAACACCAAGCAAAAGGUUUCCAGAUGAUUCAGUGCCAAAUCAGUAUUCUGACUGGUCCAACCCAAACAUGGGUAAUCACAUGAGUUAUGCUUCUGGACCCUCAGAGAGGCAAGCCCCCUCUCCAGAUGAGAGAGCUCGUGAUGUGAACCAAUGGUCACCAAUGCAGAGGUCACGCAUGCCACAGGGUGGCCCAAAUUACAUGCCGCCACCCUCUCCCUCUACUCCACCUAUGGGACCCUUUGUUCGUCAGUUAGGUCACAGAAACUCACCACAAAACCGAGAACCUCCCCCUCGCUUUGGAGUUCCUCAAAAAAUGCCACCUGCAUAUGUAGGAAUGGCUACAACAACUAUGACCAAGAAGGAACUCAUAUUCCCAUCUGAUUGUGUAGAGGGUAUCGGCAUAGCCACUACAAAGAGGAAAAAGCUGACUCACAAAGAUUUGGCUCCUUUUGAAGCCUGGAGACUGAUGCUAGCUCUGAAAUCAGGGCUUCUAGCUGAAAGUACAUGGGCACUAGACACCCUAAACAUACUCCUGUAUGAUGAUGCUACGUAUGGCUACUUCAGCUUAAAUACUCUACCAGGGCUGCUCGAGGUGCUCACAGAACACUUCAGGCAUUGCCUCAUGCAAAUGUUUGAUGAGUUUCAAGAUCUCGAAGAAGGACAAUCCAGAAGGCAUCGAUAUCAUAAUUACAAACUUAAGGUCAAACCAUUGUCCUCUUCACAAGAGGAAACUUGUGAGCAACAAGUUGAAAACCAAGGUGAAGAUGAAGACAAAAAGGACGACCCUAAACAAUUUCGUCUGUCAGGUCCCAAUUACACAAUGAUAUCUAGAAAAGGGUUGCCAGUCAAGGUUGACCCCAAUCCCGCAGACACAACUGUUGUGGAGACCAAAGACUGGGACCUGUACACUAACUUUAACACUGAACCUGAUCAUUGGCUUUCUGGUCGGGGAGAUAUCACUCACCAUAUAUUGACUCAUUUAGAAAGUGACAAUUCUAAUACAUUUCUUUCUGGAAAAUUUAGAAGAAAAAGAAAUAGAUGCAGUGAGGAAGAGGAAGAAAAGUGCUCUGAUUCAUUUUGUUUAGGUCAAAAAGGUGUUAAAAGUUGCAAAAGAGAACAAUGUGAUGCUAUAGAAGUUAAUUUUAGAGAAAGUAAUAACAAUAAUGACAGAAUAGGACUUUGUCAGAGUGAUACAAAAUCUGAAGAGCAGCAUAAAGCUAUGUUAAGCAAUCUGUCACCUGUUAACAAUGUUGCAGUUUCAAAUGAUUCACCCACCCUUGAGCCCAAAAAUCCAGUCACUGACAAUUCCAUCUCCGAAGCAUAUCAUUCCAAACUGUGCAAUGGUGAAAGUAUUUCUGAGGGAAAUAAAACUGGUGUCACACCUUUGGAAAUUAAACAAGAACCUGUUGAGAACAGUGACAAAAGUGAUAGUCACACUGACCUUUCCAACAGUGACACCAAAAGUAAAGAGGUUAAAGAAUCUACCGCUAAUGAUCUUGAUGGUGAAAAUAAUUCACUAAAACCUUACACAGAGGAAGAUGAGACAAAAAAGGUAGAAAGCUGCAAAGCUGAUAAAGAGAACACAAAAUGUAAACCAGUAGAAAAUGGAGAAUUAGAAGAACCCAAACUGUCCCCCAUGGUGAAUCAUUUGGACAAGACUAAUUCCCCACCAGCUGCUGAUAAGAACCAUUCAGGGGCAGACAGCUCUAACAAAAGUGAAGAAAAGGAAGCUGACACCUGUAGCAACAGCUCCCCACCUGUUCUUAAAGCUGAGUGUUUUGAUGGUGAGGAAGACAUGGCUGUGGAUGCAACAGCUGAGCCAAUGAACAGUACCAUGAACACUAGUGGCAGUGGGGUCAGUAUGGAAGCUGAUACCAGUGCUGUCAUGGAAACCAGUCUUACUGGUGAUGGUAAGGAGAUAAAAGAAGAGAAAAAGAUGGAAGGUAAACCAACUGAAAAACAGGAAACCGAGCAGUUAGAUGAAAGCUGCUUUAAGAAAGCAUUGAUGGGCUGCGAGAAUACAGUUUUUAAUGAAAGCUAUGUCUCUGAGACAGAAGAGUUGUCAGCCAGCAUUGUUGCUGAUAUGCUUAAAGAAGAUGAGCAUAUGGAGGAUGAGGCAUUCCAAAGAGAUGAUCCCCCACUGUGUGUUACACCUGAAAGUAGAGAUGAGCUAGGCAGGCGCUGUGUGUGUAUUUCCAAUAUCAUUCGCUCACUUUCAUGUGUACCUGGCAAUGAGGCACGGAUAUGCAAGCAUCCAGGUAUCAUGAGGGUUUUAGGACGUUUGCUCUUGCUACACCAUAGCCACCCAGAGCGACCACCCCCCAGAAAGUUGCCAAGUGGGGAUGAAGAGGAGGAAGAGAGGGAGGAGCCACCGCGGGUGUAUGAUGAUGAACACUGGUGGUGGGACUACCUGGACCAGCUGCGAGAGAACACUCUAGUUAUUUUAGCUAAUAUUUGUGGACACCUUAUGUUAGGCAAUUUUUCUGAGCAAGUUUGCUUUCCACUGUUGGAAGGUCUUCUCCACUGGGUUAUUUGUCCUGCAUCUGUUGCCAGGGAUCCUCUUCCAACUCUGACUCCAGGAUCUGUAUUAUCACCUCAAAGACUUGUGCUGGAAGCACUGUGUAAAUUGUGUAUUCAUGAAACCAACGUUGAUCUGCUCCUGGCCACUCCCCCAGUCAAACGACUGAUAGAACUCUUCAAUGUCUUGGUGCGCUUACUGGCAGACAGAAACCACCAGAUCACAAGAGAGUUCUCCAUUGUCCUCCUGUCUCUGCUAGUCCCUGGUGAGUCAAGUGCAGCUCGUGCAGUUGCCUUGCAGCAUCCAUGCGUCUCCCUGCUUGUUGACUUUUUGGAAACCGCUGAACAAAAUGCUCUUGCCAUAGCCAACCAGCAAGGGCUUGAAGUGUUACAGAGUAAUCCCGAAGUGAUGGGGACGUCCCUAGACAUGCUCAGACGUGCCGCCUCAAUACUUCUCCACAUGGCUCGUGUACCAGACAAUCGCAAGAUGUUUGUCCAACAACAAAGUAGACUGUUAAACCUGGUCAUGUCCCAGAUACUUGACCAAAGCGUAUCCAACACCCUGUCUGAGGUUCUGUUUGAGUGUUCUCAGUUCUCAUGACACCCUACCACUCACUGCUGUUGCUACAACUGAUCUACUCUAAAUCUCACUCACUGGCACACACAAAAGAAGGAUGUGAUUUUUUUUGCAGAUUUACUUUCAGAUCUGUACCAGAUCAAAAUGUUUUAGUUUUAAAACUUUUCCAUCAAUGUUGCUAUCUGACAAAAUAUUUUUUUUGUUAUGUCUU